UUAAAUGGUCAAUUAAUUUUACAAGAUGCAAAUUCUUAUAUUAUAGAAAAUUUAAUUAUAUUUCAUGAUUAUGGGAUAUUAAUUGUUUUAAUGAUUGUUGUUUUAAUUAUAUACAUAUUAUUUUUUAUGUUAAUAAAUAAAAUAGUUAAUCGAAAUUUAUUAGAAGGACAGUUAAUUGAAAUUGUUUGAACUUUAAUUCCAAUAUUAUUUUUAUUAUUUUUAUCUAUUCCUUCAUUAAAAAUUUUAUAUUUAACAGAUGAAAUUAAAAAUUCAAUUUUAUCUAUUAAAAUUAUUGGUCAUCAAUGAUAUUGAAGAUAUGAAUAUAAUGAUUUUUAUAUAAUUAAUUUUGAUUCUUUUAUAAUUAAUGAUUUAAUAAAUGAUAACAAUUUAUUUCGUUUAUUAGAUGUUGAUAAUCGAAUAGUUGUUCCUUUAAAUAAUCAGAUUCGUUUAUUAAUUAAUUCUUCUGAUGUAAUUCAUUCUUUUGCUAUACCUAGAUUAGGGAUUAAAGUUGAUGCAGUUCCUGGUCGGAUUAAUCAAAUUAUAAUAAUAUUAAAUCGUCCUGGAUUAUUUUAUGGUCAAUGUUCUGAAAUUUGUGGUGUUAAUCAUAGUUUUAUACCUAUUGUAAUUGAAGGAACAAAUUUAUUAAAUUUUUUAAAUUGAAUAAAAUCAUUAUAAAUUUUAAUUUUAUUAAUAUUAAAAAGGAUUAAUAUUAAUUUAAAUUCAAUUGAAGUAAUCGUAAAUUUACUAUUUUUGAUUUAAAAGAUCAAAUCUUACUUUAAGAUAUCAAUUGAAAUUUUAAAAAA